CAAAUCGUGACCGUCCAAAACACCCCGUUCACGUAUCCCAUAUAAAAUGCCCCACCCGAGACUCUCUCUUUCUCUCACUUGCUUCCUUCGUUCUUAUCCGCACCACUGUCGUUAGUUUUGUUGCAAACACACGCACGCACGGACGCACCCUCUUCUUCUUCUUCUUCUUCUUCUUCAUCUUCGUCUUCUCUCAUUCUGCCUUGUUCUUAUGGAAAGUGCAUCGGUAUCUUGGAUUCCCAUCACUCAAAGAUUCGUGAUCUUCCUCUCCAACACCCACCUAUAAUAACAAGACACUCACCCCGCACCUUCUCAACCAUAGCCUUUUCUCUUCUUGUUGCGGAUAAUGCUAUCUCGAUCUUGCUUAGGGCUAUUGAAUUUGGUAUCGGUGGAUGAUUACCAGGCACUGAGCCGUGUACCCAGCCUCAUGGCGGUUCCGGGAGAACCCACCCGGGACUCAUAUCAGAUCAGCCGUGACGGCCUCUCCAGCGGCGGAUCCGACGACGCCGUUUCCCCUCCCCCUCAAGAACGCAGAAUCAUCGUUGCGAACCAACUCCCUAUAAAAGCGACGCGCGAUUCAGACACGAAGAAAUGGAUCUUCGAGUACGACGCCGACAGCCUGUAUCUGCAGCUGAAGGAUGGGUUCCCCUCCGACGUGGAGGUCCUGUACGUAGGGUCCCUGAAGGCCGACGUGGAGGCUUCCGAGCAGGACGAGGUGUAUCUGUGGCCCCUGUUUCAUUACAUGCUUCCCAUGUCUCCCAGCCACGGCGCCCGCUUCGACCGCGCCCAGUGGCAGGCCUACGUCCUGGCCAACAAGAUCUUCGCCGAUAAGGUGACGGAGGUCAUAAACCCCGACGAGGAUUUCGUGUGGGUUCACGAUUACCACCUGAUGAUACUGCCCACUUUCUUGAGGAAAAGGUUCCACCGCGUGAAGCUAGGGUUCUUCUUGCACAGUCCCUUCCCUUCUUCGGAAAUCUACAGGACUCUACCUGUUCGUGAUGACAUACUGAGAGCCUUCUUGAACUGCGACCUGGUUGGUUUCCACACCUUCGAUUACGCCAGACACUUCUUGUCCUGCUGCAGCAGGAUGCUUGGUUUGGACUACGAGUCUAAAAGAGGUUACAUUGGCUUGGAUUAUUAUGGAAGAACCGUCACUAUUAAGAUUCUCCCCGUUGGGAUUCACAUGGGGCAGCUUCGCUCCGUGUUGUCUCUGCCGCGCACGGCCAAGAGGGUGGAGGAGUUGAAGGUGGAGUAUGAGGGCAAGGUUGUCAUUCUUGGCGUCGAUGACAUGGACUUGUUCAAAGGUAUCAGCUUGAAGUUCUUGGCAAUGGGGCAGCUUCUUGAGGUGCAUGAGGCUCUGAGAGGGAAGGUUGUGUUGGUUCAGAUUCUGAACCCCGCCAGGAGCUCAGGGAAGGAUAUUCAAGACGUCAAGAAUGAGUCCGAGGCCCUUGCUAAGGAGAUUAACGACAAAUAUGGUAGGCCGGGUUACCAGCCAAUUGUGUUUGUGAAUGGUCCAGUUUCAACGGAGGAUAAGGCUGCUUACUAUGCAAUUUCCGAGUGUUGUGUGGUGAAUGCGGUGAGGGAUGGCAUGAACUUGGUGCCUUACACAUACACCGUUUGCAGGCAGAUAGUUGAGAGUGAGAGGCCUAAUCAGAGUGUUAUCAUUGUAUCUGAGUUCAUCGGUUGCUCGCCCUCCCUCAGCGGAGCAAUCAGGGUCAAUCCUUGGAACAUUGAUGAUGUCUCCGAGGCUAUGAACUCCGCCAUCACAAUGCCGGACGGGGAGAAGCAUUUGCGCCACGAGAAGCAUUACAAGUACAUAAGCUCCCAUGAUGUGGCCUAUUGGGCCAGGAGUUUUGAUCAGGAUUUGGAGAGGGCUUGUAGGGAGCAUUACCUCAAGAGGUAUUGGGGUGUUGGUUUUGGUCUCGGAUUCAGGAUCGUUGCUUUGGAUCCUACCUUUAGGAAGCUCUCAGUCGAUAACAUUGUCUCUGCAUACAAAGCUACACACAGCCGCUUGAUCCUUUUGGACUAUGAUGGCACUAUGUUGCCUCAGGCAUCCAUAAACAAGACCCCAAGUCCUGAGGUUUUAUCUGUAUUGAACUAUUUAUGCAGUGAUCCCAAGAAUAUGGUGUUCAUUGUGAGUGGCAGAGACAAGGAUUGCCUCGGCAAGUGGUUUGAUCCUUGUGACAAGUUGGGCCUCUCAGCAGAACAUGGUUACUUCACUAGGUUGAGGAGGGAUACUCCUUGGGAGACAUGCGGGUUGACAACUGAUUUUGACUGGAAGAAGAUGGCAGAACCUGUGAUGGCGCAUUACACAGAGGCAACGGAUGGUUCUUUCAUUGAACACAAGGAGAGUGCAAUGGUUUGGCACCAUCAAGAAGCCGAUCCUUAUUUUGGAUCAUGCCAAGCCAAAGAGCUUCUUGAUCACCUUGAGAAUGUGCUGGCCAAUGAGCCUGUUGUUGUUAAAAGGGGACAACACAUAGUUGAAGUGAAACCUCAGGGUGUGAGCAAGGGUAUAGUUGUGGAAAAUCUAAUCUCAAGCAUGAGGAGUGAGGGUAAAUCACCAGAUUUUCUGUUGUGCAUUGGGGAUGAUCGAUCAGAUGAAGACAUGUUCGAAAGCAUUGCUCGUUCAGUUUCUAAUCCAGCACUUCCAACAAUAUCACAAGUGUUUGCAUGCACGGUUGGCCAGAAACCAAGCAUGGCAAAGUACUAUUUGGAGGAUACGAGUGAAGUUAUCAAGUUGCUACAAGGACUUGCUACUGCAUCAGCACCCUCAGCUUUUCAAGAAUCGCAACAAGGAUCACUAUAGGAACUGAAUACACAAAAGUAACAAAGGGAAAUGGAAAAAUCUUUUGUACAGAACCAUACUUACUUUUAUAGGUUGAUUCGGAAAAACAAAAAAGGUUAAUACUUAGAAAUUUUUACAGAUUAGCUUCAUUCAUGUUCUUCUUCACAUAUAACGUGCAUCAGAAUUUCUUUUUUUGUACUAGAACAACAAAGGAAUCUUUUGUUUGUGCACAGUCCAAUGAGAACAUGCCCAACAUUUCUUUGAGGAAUAAUAUAAGACUUCUAAAAUAAACAA